CUCGGUCCUCCCAGAAUGCGGACGCGACACCUCUUGCCUCCCGCCGGCUCCUCCUUGUGUCCGACAGCCAGCCCGGAAGUGAGGUCACAGUGAGAGGAGCCCGGGCCGUGGCGGAGCGCGGGGGUGGGAGCGGUUUCUUUAACAUUGGUGUCGUGUUGACAAUGGAACCAACAGCAGAAUUGCCAGAGAUUCCCCUUGCUUCCAGCACAGAGCAAGAACUCAAGGGAACAACACCACCAGCUGGCUUGGAUGGUUCUUGCCCUUUGCCAUAUAAUGGUAUUAUUCAAGACGGCAACCAGGUGCCUUUGAGUCCAGAGGUGAAAGAACAGCAGCCUGUCCAAUGGAUGGAGUGUCUGAAUCCUGAACACUCCAGCUUCUCAAAGGAACUCAAACUUGCUUUGCAAACUGACAGGCACCUUGUACGAAGUUAUACUUACACAAGCGACGACUCUUCCAGUGCGGGUGAGACAUCGCCAUCUUCCAGCAUCAACCUAGCCGAAUCUGAUGAACUUCUAUCAGAGAAGAAUGAGGGGAGAAUGAUGAUGUGGACGGGGACUGACAGGGUCCCUGAUGCCAGCCCACCCGAAAGGAUUGGAGGGGAACACCAGGAAAGCAUGGCUGGUGCUGCCUCAUCUUCCGGGGCCCAGGAUGUCAAGAGCAGCCGGUCCAAUGUUAAGGCGGUGAGCUCUUCCUCUCGAAAGCUGCCUCGCCUGAAGAAAUGUCAGAGGACCCAGAAACAGAAGGACCAGAUGCAGCGAAUCCGUAGGUCGAGGGAGGUUGUGAUCCGCAGGAAAUGCACCCCUCAGUGGAUCGGCAGCUCCAGCGAUGGAGGCUCCAGCAGCAAUUCCGAACUCGAUGAGGUUAUUACCUGUGACAACGACCAGGCCAACCAUCAGGAACCUCUAGAUCCUAUGGAUGAAGAUGACAUAUUGGUUGUUGAGCCACUACCGGGGUCGUCUUUGCCAGUUAGUGAAGAAGUCAACAUCACUUCCAGUGACAGCGAGGUGGAGAUCAUCAAUAUUGUAGAUGAUGAAAGGCCAUCGGUGUCGGGGGCGUGGACUGGCCGCACUGUGAAGAAACUGACACCCUCCAAUGUCCAGGCGCCGCCUGGGCACCGAACAACAUCUGCUGAGGUUGUAGACCUGACACUCGAUGAUAAUGAUCCGCUGACUGUACAGGGUGAGCACCCUCUUGAAGACUCCCUCAGUAGCCCUGAGAUUGUACAACCAGGUUUGUCGAUAGAUGCAUCAUCGGGAAUUUCCUUGCCAGUCAACGUCAGUGCAACAAACAUACUGUCGACAUCCUUCAGCAGCACAGCUUCUCGUACGUCUACGGUCAGCUCAGAGGCUUCCCAUAGGACUUUGGGAGAGAUGCCUAUCACCGCAAGCACUACCAGCUUAAUGUCAACAUCCUGUCAACACCAGAGGACAUCAAAAUAUACUGCCUGCUGUACCCAACGCUGUCUCUGCAGAUCAACAAGGCUGGUGUCUCACCAAACCCGCCCUGCCCAGUCGUACUUCCAGCAGUAUCACAUCGGGCAUGUCCAGGGCCAAGUGUACCAAGCCCAAUGUUCACAGCCUCAGCAUCUCCAUUCCCACUCCCAAUUCCUUAACCAUCAAAGCCACCAGACCUGGGCACACCAGCCUUACCCACAGUUUCCACCACUCGGGUUCCAGCACGUUCAACAGGGAAAUUCACAAUCGAUGCUCAGUAGUGUUAGCCCACAAGCAGGGGAUACCACGGCCAACCAGGAGAACCAGGCUCCUUUAUGUGACCUCACUAACACGGCAGAAGAUGUUGAGGGUGUUGAAGCUGCCCAGAAGAGCAGUGCCCAGGUAUCAUCAUGGCAUGCCCACAGUUCCCAGGAGAUGGAAGUGAAUGGAAACCAGCCACCGACUGUUUUGUCACCAAUCCUUUGGCACUCUCACGGUUCUCCUCUAAAUGAGGGUAAUGGCAGCCAGCCCGGUGCGGACAAGCAUGGCACAGUUCAAUCACCCACCUGUAUCAUUUCAGCUUGGCAAGAGUCUAGCAUCCAACCAAGUGAGGUUCGAAGAAUUCAGUCAGACUCUGCAUUUUCAAGUGCUUUAUCUCGUCCCACACCCUCUACUCAGGCAGCAAGCCAGUCCUGCCAGCCUGCCAGAUCAACCAGUUACCCCAUUGCCCGACCUGUGCCAUCGUAUCAUGGUCGCAUGCAACAUGGGCUCUUGACCACGUACAGGCCCAAUGCUUCCCAACAGCUCCCGACUCUGCCAACUUCUCAUCAGCCAGUGCCACCUCUACAUUUGGUACCAUUUCAACAGCCGCCCUUGACGGCCACUCCUGUGCUGAUGAACACACCAUUGGCACCUCCCAGUACCCCACCACAGCAGCAACAACAGUGUGCCGUGUACCAGUACCAGCAGCAACAACAGUGCUCAGUGUACCAGCAAAGAGGUCCUGAGAUCCAAAGAAAUCAUUGGAUGGAGACUGUCAGGGAAGAAAGGGUGACAUCAAAUUUCCCACAAUACCAUUCAGGUCACGUUCACCUGCACCGAUACCAGUUGGUACCACCCAGGCUACACCUGCUCUCUAUGGCACCACCUUCUGUUCCGAUGGUAAUACCGGACAUUUUCAUUCACCCUCACCUGCAAGUCUUUCCCCAGCAUGGACUGCGAGGGAUGCAAAGUCACGUCAUGGUGCACAGGGGAUAUCAGGACCUACUGCACUUGGAAGAUCAAUUUAGUGAUUUAAACCAUGGAGCGACGCAAAACACAAUUGAGAGGUACACUUUCCUGCACAAGUAUGAAAAGAGGACACUGGAGACAAAUGAAGAUGGGAAAGAAGCACUGGAGGUUGAGGAAAAAUGUACAAUCUGUCUGUCACCAUUGGAGGAAGGAGAAGAUGUUCGGCGUCUCCCUUGUAUGCAUCUCUUCCACCAGAUUUGUGUGGAUCAGUGGUUAGCCACCAGUAAGAAGUGUCCAAUUUGUCGAGUCGACAUUGAAGCACAGCUGCCAGUUGAAACCUAACUAAUCAUUAGGAAAAAGAGGUGAUGGUAUUGAGUUCUUUGACCACUCUGGGCUUGCAUCUGGAAUCUGCAAGAGUUUGCAGCUGGCUUUGACUGACAUGCAAGAGAUUGUUUAACGCCUGGGCCCCGUGUACAUAGCGUAUUGCACAGAAGCCAGCCCCUCUGCCACCGCAAGAGGAACCAUUGAAUCACAACAGACUAAAGCUGGCUGCAACCACUAGACAUCGUUCCCAGAUCAGCCUUAUGAACUGUGGAAAUGCCAAAGGAUCCAAUGUACUUCCUGUUUCAACUUCCUCCUCAUUUCCUUUUUUGGUUCACUAGGACUUGCCUGACAGUGUUACUGUACACUAACUGGAGGUUCAAAUGUCUCCUUAGACAUAAUAUUCUAGCUGUUUGCAAAUAAUUAAAUUACCCUCUGAUACUCAU